ACAGCACCGCCAAUCGACGACAUUGCGCUUAAUGUUCCGGUGAAUGGGUAAACUUUCGGCGGCGGCCAAGAAACAAAUAAUAACGGCCUUGGCCGUCCCCUAUGCGUUAGUUAUCUAGUUAUCGUGUUGUCGCUGUGCUGUGCGGCUUAUGCGUACGCUUUUUGUAUGCGACUUAAGUUUCUGACGACACACAUGAAACCAUAAAAGGUCAAACGACUGGUUCCAAAUCCACACCCUAAAAAUCCAAUCACCAUGUCGAAAAGGUAAAAAAAAAACCGUUUCCGAAAACCGUCUGUAAUUAGAUUUUUGAUUUUUUUUUUUUUUUUUUACUCAUCAAUAUACUAUUCGCAUUUCCGGUUGCCAUCAAUUUUUUUUUCACGCCUAUUACUUGCCUUUAGUAUUUGCUUUACCUAUACCUACUAUAGUAUGCUUCCAAUAUUCGGUUUGGAAAUUUGGAUCGAAUUAGAUUUAGAUUUUCGAAAGUCCCACUAUAAUAUUAAUGUUUAUUUGUCAGGAUGGAACAAGUGGUCUGGGUGCCGGAUCCGAAUGAAGGCUUUGUGCUGGCCACUAUUGUGGACUUGGGAAUGGAUGAGGUCACUGUACAACCUGUGGGUGCAUCAAAGGCCCGUCUAAAUCUACCUCUGGACCGCAUAUAUACGGCUGAUCCCCAUUUCGACGACAAGGAUGUAGAUGAUAAUUGUAAGCAUAUGUUCAAAUUCUCACUAUGCAUAAUGUAUAUUGAAUAAAUACAGAGACUGAACAUUUCACUAUUAAUUAUUAGGUUCUCUGAUGCAUUUGAAUGAAGCCACUUUAUUGAACAAUGUCAAAAUAAGAUAUUCAAAAGACAAAAUAUAUGUAAGUGUUUUAAUUAGUUCAUUGCUUUGUUUUUGCUAUGUACUAAUAUAUGAAUGUAUUUUCUUUCUUCUACUUAUUUAUGUUUUUUUUUUUUUUAAUUUCAAUACCUAACAGUCAUAGAUAUUUUCUCAAAAAUUUAUAAAGACUUGUUAGAUAACAUAUUUUGAAAAUUACUAAAGUUUAUGUAAUUUGUUUAGACUUAUGUUGCUAACAUCUUAAUAUCUGUCAACCCAUACAUAGAAAUUAAAAAUCUUUAUUCAACCGAUGUUAUGACUAAGUACAAAGGAAAAUCUCUGGGUGUUUUACCACCACAUAUAUUUGCAAUAGGUAUUAAGUUUUAUUUAAAAAUAAUUUUAAGCACUCUAUCUAUAUUAAUAUAUUUAAAACUCACUUUCUUAUUAAUAUUUAGCUGAUAAAUCAUUCCGAGACAUGAAAGUGCUUAAACAAUCACAAUCUGUCAUUGUAUCUGGUGAAUCUGGUGCUGGGAAAACAGAAUCAACUAAACAUUUGUUACGAUACCUAUGUUAUCAAUGGGGAUCUUCUAAUGGACCUACUGCCGAUCAAAAAAUUUUAGAUGGUAAUGUUAAUUUAAUUUAUAUUUAUAUACAAUACAAAUAUAUGUCAAGUAUAUGGCACAACAGUUUAUAAAAUUUAUCUUUAUAUUAUUAAUAGGUAUUAAAUUUUUAAAAGUUGAGUAAGUUGCCCAACUAAUAAAAACUGUCAUAAUUAGUAAUUAUUUAGCAUAAUACUAUAUUUUACCUAGGUAAAAUAUUGUUUUAUUGUUUGUUUUUUUUUUCGUAGCUAACCCUGUUUUAGAAGCUUUUGGAAAUGCUAAGACUACUCGUAAUAAUAAUUCAUCUCGAUUCGGAAAAUUUAUGGAAGUACAUUUUGAUAACUCGUGUUGUGUUGUUGGAGGAUACAUCAGUCACUAUCUUUUAGAAAAAUCUAGAGUUUGUAUCCAAAGCUCAGAAGAACGUAAUUACCAUGUGUUCUAUUUGUUGUGUGCAGGAGCACCACCUGAUAUACGUAGUAAAUUAACUUUAGCCAAUCCAGAUGAUUUUAAUGUAAGUACAUUUUAUGGAAAAGCAAAUUCUGUAUAUCUUAUUAAUUAUCAAUAUAUAUUUUUAUAGUAUUUAAGAAAAGGCUGUACGCAAUAUUUUACUAACAGCCAAACUACUAAAAACUUAGAAAAUAAUCAAAAGAGUCAACUUCAAAACAAACAAGGAGGACUUAAAGAUCCUAUGUUAGAUGAUGUUAAAGGGUUCUCCACAAUGGAUGAAGUCAGUAAUUACUUUAAUUUAUGUUUGGAAAAAAAUACUAAUUGAUAUAUGAUAAUGUUUUAAAAUAAAGCAAAGAAGAAUUUUAAUAUUAUUAAAAACAGAUGUAUUUUGACUAAUUUCGAUAAAAAGUCAUAGUCAGAAAAUAAUAAAAAAAAAAAUAUGUGAAAAAAAUCAAGAGAAUGUUUAACUUUGCUUUAUUUUAAAUUAUAUAGUGUUUAUUUGUGUUUAUUAUUUUUUUUUUUUUUAACAAGUAUACAUUCGAUUUUUAUUUUACGGGAUAUGUUUUUUUAAAUUAUUUAAUUAUUUUUUCAUGAACUAACUGUAGGCUUUAAGUAGACUUGGAUUAUCAAAUAAAGAAAGAUGUGAUAUCUACACCAUUGUAGCAGCCGUUUUACAUUUAGGAAAUAUAGAAUUUGAAGAGAACAUUGAAAGUACUAAAGGUGGAUGUAAAGUAACUGAACAAACUGAACAUAGUUUAUCUAUAGUUGCUAAUUUACUAUCUGUUAAUGUUGAUGAACUUCGACAAGCACUUAUUACUAAAGUAAUGAUGACUAAUCGAGGCGGACUAAAAGGGACUGUAAUUAUGUAUGAAAAAAACACAAUUUACACUUAGAAUACUUAAAUUCAGGUUAUUAAUUAAAUUUUCUCCUAAAUUUUAGGGUGCCUCUAAAACAAUAUGAAGCGAAUAAUGCUAGAGAUGCUCUUGCUAAAGCCACAUAUGGAAAACUGUUUGAUCAUAUUGUACAUAGAAUUAACACCAGUAUACCGUCUAAGGCGUCUAGUUAUUAUAUUGGAGUAUUAGAUAUUGCAGGAUUUGGUUAGAUUUUUUUUAUUAUUAUUAUUUAUUAAUUAAUACAAAAUGUGUAUAAUUAUAAUCCUAUUUUUAAAAUUUAGAAUACUUCACUGUUAAUAGUUUUGAACAGUUUUGUAUAAACUAUUGUAAUGAAAAACUUCAACAAUUUUUCAAUGAACGUAUACUUAAAGAAGAACAAAUGCUUUAUGAACGUGAAGGUUUAGCUGUGAAAAAAAUUGAAUUUGUUGAUAAUCAAGAUUGUAUAGGUAAAUAAAAAUUUAGGACUUGAAAACUAAUAACCAAACCAACAUACUUAUAAAUCUUCUAAAAGUAUAACAAUUCAUGAUAAUGAUAUAGAUAAUGUAACUUACAUAUUUAUGAAUAUAUUUAUUUCACAUUGAGAUAAUAAUAAAGUAUAUUCUUAAUGAUUGUACCUCAAUUCUGAGAGUAAAAAUAACAAAUCUCUUAUUACAAUUGGAUAUAACAUAUAAUUAAUUAUUCUGUUUACAUCUUUAAUUUAUACUACAUAUAUACAUAAAUUAGAUCCACACUAAUAAUGAAUAAUUUUGUUUUGUAUUCAGAAUACUUAUUCUGAUAAAUAAUUUUAAAGGGUAUUGUUUAUUUUUCCAGAUUUAAUUGAGUCCAAAAAUGGUGGAAUAUUUAAUUUACUUGAUGAAGAAUCAAAAUUACCAAAACAAAGUUCUGAACAUUUUACUACUGAAGUGCAUAAACGGUGGCAAGGACAUUUUAGACUUGCACUAGCUAGGGCUUCAAAGCUCAAAGCCCAUCGAGAAAUUCGAGACGAUGAAGGUUUUAUGGUUAGACAUUUUGCCGGAGCAGUUUGUUACCAAACUGUAAGCAUUUGUAUUCAAAUUCAUUAUUAUUCGAUUAAAUGUUAAAAAUUUCUUUUCAGAAAUAUAUUUAUACUAUAUAUUAAACUAAAUUUAUAGUAUUUUUCUUUUAAAUAGACUUCUUGUAUAAUUAUGAAAUUUUUUAGGUACACUCUAUUUACUAAUAAAUAACUAUAUAAUUUAUAGAUAAAAAUAAAAAAAUAAUUUAAUAUUAAAUUUUUUGUUAAAUCAUAUUUAAACUUUAUAUAAUUAUUAUUUUGCAAUUAUAUUUUUUGCAGGCUCAAUUCAUUGAUAAAAAUAAUGAUGCUCUUCAUGCAAACCUAGAAGGUUUAGUUCAAGAAAGCAAUAAUCCCUUUUUACAAAGUCUGUUUGCCUCAAGCACAUUAGGUGCAAACAAAGGAAAACUAAAUUUUAUCAGUGUUGGAUCAAAAUUCAAAAGCCAACUGGCUGAACUUAUGGAAAAAUUAAGAAGUACUGUAAGUUGAAUAUGUUUUAAUCAAUCAAUAUAGUAUUGAUUGUAACAUUAUUUUAAAGGGUACAAACUUUGUUCGCUGUAUUAAACCAAAUGACAAAAUGGUGGAUCAUCUGAUUGAUGGUGGAUCAAUUCUAUCCCAAUUACAAUGCUCUGGAAUGACUAGUGUAUUAGAGCUUAUGCAACAAGGUUUCCCAUCGCGUGCUCCAUUUCAGCAACUUUAUGAUAUGUACAAACAAAGACUGCCUCCAAAACUUGCUCAACUUGAUUCUAGAAUAUUUUCUAAGGUACUUAGCUAAACAAUUAUAUAAAUAUUAGCAUUGUGACAAAGUAAGCAGUAUUGUAACAAUCAAAUAAUUAACAUUAUGUAGUUCACAUUUUUUAAAACUUAAAUUUAUAUUACUAUAUUCAAUUUUAUAUUCUAGGCAUUAUUCAGGGCUGUUGGAGUAAAUGAAGGUGAUUAUAAGUUUGGUGUAUCAAAAGUUUUUUUUCGACCUGGCAAAUUUGCUGAAUUUGAUGCAAUUAUGCAUUCAGAUCCAGAAAAUUUAAAAGAAAUGAUUGAAAAAGUGCAAAAAUAUCUUACUACUUUACAUUGGAAACAGUCUCAAUGGUGUGCUUUAUGUGUUGUCAAAUGUAAGCAAAUCAAUUUAAAUUUUUAUAUGAUAAUAAAUUCAAACAUUAUGUUUUAUUUUUAAUAUAAUGCAUUUUUUAAUUAUUUUAGUAAAAAAUAAAAUAUUGUACCGACGAGAAAAUCUCAUAACUAUUCAAAAAAAUGUCCGCAUGCAUUUAUCUAAAGUAAAACAUCGACCUAGAUACAUGGGAAUAAAAAAAAUCAACAGUCUUAAAGUUAGUAUUAUUAUUGGUUGUAAUAAAUAAUGGUUUAAAAGUGUCACCCAUAAUUGCACAAAAAUUAAAAACAAAUGAGACAAGUGUUUUUGAGUAUUGAGCUUUUUUUAUUUUUAUUUUUUUUUUAUAAAAAAUGUAAAUGUUAUUUAAAAUAAUUAUAGGUAUCAGUUUUAUUUAUUAUUUAUUUAAAUUAAGACGGUAAAUAUAUUUAAAGUUUAAAAUUAAAAUAUUUAUGUACUUACUGAAUAAUAAAAAUAGUUUUUUUUACAAAUAAUGAUAUAUAAAAUACAGACAAUUUGUUAGUGUAUCAAAGAAGUUAAAAUAAUUAAAAUUAUGUAUUUAUGUUUUACAUAAAAACAUUUUCCAAAUAUUAAACUCAUAAUAUAUUUUAAGACAUUCUAAAAUCAUUAUAUUGCUUAAUAUGAAUCAUUAAACUUUUUUUAAAAAAUUACACAUUGGUUGGUUUUAACUCUUGAUAUUAUAAUGAUACUACUCAUCAUACAAUUUUUUUUUUUUUUUGUAUUUACUAUUGUUACCUUAAACUGUCUAAUUUAUGAUAAACAAACUUAAUAGUACUAUAAUACUUCAAAUUAAAAUUAAUUUCGUACUAAUUAAACAUUUAUCUAUAUUUUAUCAAUUGUAUUCUUAGAUUACUUUGAAUGUGUAUAAAUAUAAAGUAUAGACUAUGUCAUAUUUCAUUUACAAUAAAAUACUUAUAAGUACAUCCUGGGUUUAUUUUUUCAAUUAUUUGAACAUUGUAAUAUUGUUAUUUAAUUUUUUAGACCAUACUAAAAGAAAUGGAAACAUUAGCAGGCCAAAUUAAAACAGAUAAUGCUCUUUGCAUAUCAAAUGCUCAAGAACUGCGAUCUGAAUUUGAUUCUGCUAUCAAAAAGAUACGAGUAAGGAAAUUCAAAUAAUACAGCUAUUGUUUUGUUAAAUAAGUAAUUAAUAUUUAAUAAUAAUUUUAGAACAAUGAAAAUAUCAAAGCAGCUGAAAUAAAUGAUGUUUAUAACAGUUUGGUGAAAGCAGCAAAUACACAAAUGGAUAGUUUGAGAAAGAAAGCAGAUGCUGAAAGAAGUGCAGAAGCUGAAAGACAACGUUUAGCUAAAUUACAAAUGGAAAUGGAACGAGUUAAAGCCGCUAAAAAUAAAGAAGAACAAGCAAAAUUAGAAGAUGAAGAAAUUAAAAAACAGUAAGUAAAACAAUUUAACUUAGUGCAGUAGAUACUUUAAAGAUCCUUGCUAAUUCUGACAACAUUAAUUUCACUUUGAAAAAUAGACCAAUUUUAAAUUUUAUUAGCUACAAAGAAAAAAGGAUUUAAUAUUUUUGAAUUUUUCAAAAAACUAUUAUUGUAUGUAAUUUUAUUUAAUUAUUUGAAAAUUAUUUCAGCAAAUUUUUUGGACCAAAGAUUUAUUUCAUAAUGGUAAAUCUUAUCUUAAAACUGACAUUUGUUCUUCCAAGUAUUACAUUUUUAAUUUAAUGGAUCAUUGUCUUUUAUGAUUUCUCAGUUUGUACUUUUAAAUAUAAAAUAUUAUUUUAAUACAUUAUAUUAAUGUGGAACCAACUACUUUGAAAUAAUAUAUUCUUAUUAAACCUCUUGUCAUUAAUUUUAAAUAAUGAAAUACAUUGUUAUAAGUUAAAUAAUAUAUGGUAUUGUUUGUACAAUUUUUCUACAAGAUUAAAAUAAUAACUAGCAAGUGAAUAUUGGAGCUAUUCAAAUAUUUACUGUGCUUAUUCUAAAGCUUUGUGGUUUCCUAUGCUUUGAUUAUACUAUUUCAAACUAUACAACUAUAUUUAUUUCUAGAAAAAUGGAAAUAGAACUUCGACGUAAAGUAGAAGAAGAAAUUCAUAAAAAUGAUAUUUUCUUAAGUAAAGUGAGUUUUGCUAUAAAUAAAAAAUCUGUGUAUAAAGUGAUCAACAUAACAUUAGACACUCAUUAUCUUGGAAAACAAGUUUUAGUUAUUUAAAAAACAAGAAGCUCUAAAAUGCUACAGAACCAUUAUUUUAAAGAAUUCCAUUUAUUAAUGAAGUUUAAUUAAAUGUUGGUAUACAAAUUUCAAUUUCUGUUACCCUAUUAACAAGAAAUUCUACUUUUUAGUUUACUAUUUUGUGGGUUGGGGAAGAGUAGUAGAGCACUAUUCAAACGCCACACAUACAAUGCUCUAUUGCUCUCCUACAUUUUUUCAUAUAAUUUUACUAUUUUAGAGCUGCUUGUUUCAUAAAUGUUCUAAGGUUUUAAUGUUUCUUCAAGUCUAACUUUGAAAUAAUUUUAUACUUUAUGAGAUAGUAACCCCUGUAUUAUAAAUAAUUAAAAUAAAUUGUAUCUAAUUUAGGAGGAAAUUGAAAAAGCUGCAUUAGCUGAAGCCAAAUUUAGAGAUCAAAUGGAACAAGAACGACGAGAUCACGAACUUGCUUUACGGUUGGCACAAGAAACAAAUAGUUUUGUUGAAGAUAUUUCCAACACUUACACAAAGUAAAUAAAAUUAAACUAUUAUAAGUAAUUUUCUAGGGACAUAAAAGUAAAAAUAUUGUUUUCAAACAGAAGAUCUACAAAUGUAGAACAAUCAUCAAGUAAAUAUGAUUUAUCUAAAUGGAAGUAUUCAGAACUGAGAGACACAAUAAACACUUCCUGUGAUAUUGAACUACUGGAGGUAAGUUUAUAAUAAAUUUGCAUAAUUUAUUUAUUAAUUUAUUUAAGUAUAAUUUAUAACAUAGGCAUGCAGAGUUGAAUUUCAUCGUCGUCUCAAAGUAUAUCAUGCUUGGAAAGCAAAGAACAAAAAACGUACAUAUAUGGAUGAAAAUGAAAGAGUACCUCGAUCAAUAAUGGAUACUGGUAAAUAUGAUUUGGAAACUUAAAGAACUUGAAAAACUCAUACAAUUUAACAAUUUAUACAAUUUACACAAAAAUGAAUUUAUGACAUAAAGUUAAAUUUCAAAAAUAACCUUUUUAGGAAAAAAAAAUAUAAAUAAUGAAAAACUGUUUGAUAUUAAUUGAAGAACUUUAAAAGAUUUACAAAACUAGAAUUGAAUAAAUAAAAAAUGACAUUAAUUUUAUAGGACACAUAAGCCAAAAGCAUUGAAUCAUAAACGGAGUAACUUUAAAAAUCUGGAUGUUUUUCACACCUUAGGUACGUCACUGUAAUAAAUGGGAAGUUUGAAAGGUACACAGGGAUCUACAUCCUUAAUUUAAUUUAUGCAAGAGUAGCAACAAUAAAUCAAAGAAACCAAAAACCAACUCUGAGUAGAGUAGUACUAUAGUUGUUUUUCCCUUGUUACCUCUGGUAAGAUAAACCCAGAUAUCAACAAAAAUACAUUUUUGUGUAAAUAUAUAUUAUCAGUUUUUUAAAUUUUAUUGACAAAAUGUUGGAAAUCUAAAUAUAAUUUCAAAUAAAGUAUAAUGAUAAAAUUCUUAUCAAAAUAUAAGAAUCUUUUGUAGUUGGUAGUUUACUUGAACCUCUGAAUUAUGAAUUCCUCAUAUUUUAAGUUACUGUGACCAAAAAAAAUCACACAAAAAACCAUAGUCAUUCUAGUGUUAUUUUUUUUUUAGUAAAAGUAUAAGGAAUUUUGAAAAAAAUGUUCUAUUAAAGUAUUAUCUUGUAAAAAUCCACAUCUUUUGAAGUAUAAUAUGAAAAAAUAUCUUUACUAAACCAAAAAAUGUUUUCCAAGAGAAAAGAAAUAAAUUUUGGUAUAAAAUUGUUGUUAAACUCAAAUUCAAAAAUAAUACAAUUUAGGUGAUACAUUAUAUUUAAUUUGGAUAAGAAUAUAAUAAAAAAAAAAAAGAUCUGAUACUGGGGAUGGGAGCGGCCAUGGUUGUAGGUAAGAAAUUGGGAAGGUGGGAUACAUAAUGUUAUUUCAUUUAUAUAUAUAAGCUAUGAUAAACCAUUGCUUGACGAAAGAAAAUUCCAAGCGCAGUUUGGUAAUACAUAAUCUUUGCGAUUUUCAUUUAAAUUUGAUUUCAAAUGUUUAUGAAAAAAAAAAAAAGCCUGAUGAUUUUGGAAAUUUUACCACAUUUAGGUAAGUCUAAUAUCAGUAUUAUUAGCAAGUUACAAUUUUUUAUGUGUAUUUAUAACCAAAUAAAACCAAAACAAACUCCCAAAAAUUAAAGUUCCUUAAAAGCUCAAAAGUUUUGGUGAUGAUACCUCAAGAAAUUAAAUCAAAAAGGCAACAAAAAAGGUAUCUUAUAAUUUUUUUGGUAAUUUAUAAAAUAAUAAAAUUGUGAAAUUGUAUGUUUUCUUAAAUUUUUUCCCACUUAAGUGCUUUUAUUUAAAAAAUAUCGUCGAAAAUUAAAAAAUGACCUCUCUAAAGUAACUCUAAGUAAGUCUAGGUAACUUGAGCAAUUUAUUUAUACGCAUAGAAGAAUAAUAAAAUAACAGCUAAAAUAAAAAAGGGUAUUUCAACAAUGUUGUAUUCUAUCCCAAUGCUAUUUCAUUUAUAGAUUGAGUUAAUGAUGAAAAAACCUAGAAUAGAAGUAUGGGAGAGCACCCAAAAGAACCUGAAUUAUUUUUGUACAAUGUUAUUUAUUUAAUUUUUCUAAAAAUAUUUAAUCUCCUUCAAAAUACUCUCCAUUGGGGUUAAUACACUUGUCUUAUCUUUCAUUCCACUGUUCGAAAAAUGUUGACAAUUUCUUUUUAGGAAUACCUGAACAACACCAUCGGCUUUUCCUUUAUUUUAGGAACAUCUGCUAAACGCUUUCCUUUCAUGUUCCUUUUCAUUCGGUCGCAGGAGACAAGAUCAAGUGAAUAGGGUAGGUGGGACACAGUAGUCGUAACAUUUUUAAUCAAAAAUUAGUUGUCAUAAUGCCAUACAAAAUAUAUGUAUAUAUAUAUAAAUCUUUGAGCCUCCAUAUAGAAAUUUAAAUUUAAAUAUCCAGUUUUAAAUCAUAUCAGACUAUCUGUUACCUAUGUUUAAAAUUUCCAAACCUAUGAAUUGUUAUGAACUAUUGGACCAAGUCUUUUGAACAGUUAACAGACAAAAAAAACACAUUUUAAAACAAAUACAUUUCUUGCUCAUCCACUCAGAAUCUUGAUUUUAAGAAAGGUAACAAAUUAUUUAAAUGAGAUACUACUAAGAAUCUGAAACUAUCUGAGAAAUAAGACAAACAAAAAAACUAAUAGUUUAAAAGCUUAUUUUAAAAUGUAUUUAAUAUAAUAAGGGAAGACUUUGUUAUCUUUAUAUUAUUUGUAUUAACUAACAUUGAACAAAUUCAUAUUUUAAAUUUAUGAUUUCAAUAUUAAAGUAAUUCUGUUAGUCAAACUUUCAGGGAAAAAUCAAGAUAUUUGAUAUGAAAUUAUUAAUACAUAGAAAUGUGAAAAAUAUUAAACUAUUGUUUGAAUACUUAUGAUAUUAUAUAAAAAUAAAAACAAAACAUAGAUAGGUUUGAUAAAUAUUACUACAUUCAACAUUAAAUAAUAUAAUUGUGUUAAUAAUUAUUAAUAAAUUUAAAUUGUCUCAUAGCUAAUCAGUCCAAAGGAGUAAAAAAUUAUCAGAAUUCAAAGUUACAGCCAAUAAUUCCUACAAGUAGUCAACGUUAUUUUCGCAUUCCAUUUGUACGUUCUACACCUACUAGACCAGGAUCUGGUGGAGAUCAACAUCGUGGAUGGUGGUAUGCACACUUUGAUGGUCAAUAUGUUGCAAGACAAAUGGAACUACACCCUGAUAAACCUGCAAUUUUACUUAAUGCUGGUUAGACAGAUUACAUUUAGUUAAUACGUAUACUUAACAUUUUAUAAUUAUUCUAUUAAAACAUUGCAUUUAAAAAUAACUUUAUUAUAGUUUAAGUAUAAUUAAUUUUUUUUUUUCAGGAAAAGAUGAUAUGCAGAUGUGUGAACUAAGUUUAGAUGAAACAGGACUUACUCGUAAAAGAGGUGCUGAAAUAUUAGAAAAUGAUUUUAAUAAAGAAUGGGAAAAACAUGGUGGAAAACCAUAUACUAGAAAUAAAUCCAAUGAUUAAAUUUUUAUUAAAAACAAAUUAUUAGAGAUGUUAGGAACCCUGAGUUUUAAAGUUGAACUAGAACAAACUGGACAUUUUUUUUAAAUUAACAAACCCAAACCAAACCGAACUUUUAAAAUAUUUUAUCGGACUCGAACAAAAAAGUAAAAAGGUUAGGAAAAGUUAGGUCAAAAAUCUAAGUUCUCAAAUUACUCGGCUCUGUGAUUUACGAUUAUGAAACACUCUAAUGCCAAAAAUAUAAUUUUUCUUUUUCGUAACAAGGGCUCUCUAUUCCACCACAUAACAUCGUAUUGGUGACAGAAUCGGCAUCGAAUAGUUUUCAAACCAAACUAUUGGGUAUUUGGUUUAGUUUGAUUCUUUGCAAUUUCCAGUUUGUCACAAAUAAUCAUUUUAAAGAUCACAUUCCCAAAGAAAUGUAUAAACUAGGUAAUAAAAUUACUCAAAAUGAUACAUUCCCCACAAUUUUUCUUUUUUUUAAAAAAAAAAAAAUAUAUUUUAUGUUUGGUUCCUAAAAUUGGAAAUUUGGCUUUUAUAGGAGAGAUUAUGAUUAUUGUAUUGUUUCUUUUUUAUAUUUUCUGUUCAUUGAACUAUUAUUUGUGCACUAUUAUCAAACAUUAUCAAUCAAGUUAUUAAAACUAUUUGUUAUAAGAUACCGUCAAUGAUGUAAUUUAAACAAUGUUAUGUAUGCCUAACUAAUAAUAUAAAUACAUAAUAUUAUUUACUUUUACUAAUUACUGGGGAGAAAAUGUUGAUACAUACCUAUUAUUUCAUUAAGAUAAGGGCUAGAGAUAGGAAAAGGAGGUGGUGCACAAGGAAUUUUGGCAACUCUAUCUACCAUUUUAAAGGUAUUAUUUUGUUUUGCCACUUCUCCUUUAAUCUGUGCCCAAAUUAAUUCAAUGUGAUUAUAUUAACAAUAGUAUGGUGGCAGACGGAUUACUUCAUGGCCCAUUGAACUCGUGAUUUCAUCUAACUUGAACCUUUUAAAUUUUGGUGUUGACAGGUUAACUUUUUCAGGCAGUUAAACAAAUUUUUCAAGUGGUGACAAAUGAAUGCCUUGAUUUUUCAGCUAAUCCUGUACAACAGUUUUUCAAACAUUACUUUUUUGGUAAUUGUUUAAAAACAUACAAUGAUAAGGUGCGUUAUCCAUUACAAUUACACAUGGUUCAAGAAGUAGAUUUAUCAUAUUUAUAAGCCAUGUUUUAAAAACUAAUUUUGAUCCCUCAAUAAAUCUAAAACGAGAUGACCCAGCAUAUAUAAUAAUUAGCCAACCUUCUUUGUUAGUUAGUAUUUUUAAUCCUCCGAGCUGGAGGAUAAAAUUAUAGGAAUUAUUAGGAUAAGCUCCUUCAUUAUUUUGCCAAAUAUAAGGCCUUGGGAGAUUCUAGUUUACCCAGAUUUUAUCCAAGUAAACCAUAGAUCGGGUAUCUUUACUCUGUGAAAGUGUGAACAUUGUUAAUGUUAAAAUGUAUAAUACAAAAUGACAAUAUUAUUUCGUUACAUUUUUUUAAAAGAAAAUUUUAAGUUUUUUAAUAAUCUUUCUGACCAAACAGUUAAUAAGCUAACACUCAUUUUUCGUGUCCGUGACUAUAAUAGAUGUGCUAUCACAUUUUGAAUUGAAAAUACAUAAUAUAUUAUUUUGUGAUAUUUAAAAGGUACUAUAUUAUGUAAAAUAAUUAUCAUGUAAAUAUGUAUAAGUUGUUUCAUAUAUUAUUUACAUCUAAAUUUUAAAUAUUUAUUAUUGUCAUUACCUAGAAAAUAUUAUUUAGAUCAUCAUUGUUUGAUAUGCAUGACUAUUUACAUUAUUUCUUAGUCAACAUUGCAUAAAGGUUAAUUUAUUUAAAGAUAUCAUAAAUUAUAAAUUUGUUAUUGGUAUUUGUCUUGAAUUAAUUAUAUCAUUGACGGUAAUAUAAUAUGUAUAUAAUAUAUUCAUAUAAAUAUAUAUAUAAUAUUUUAUUAAUUGAACUAUUAACUAUAUUAAAUACUAAACAAUUAUUAAAUGUUAAUUAAUUUCUUUAGUUUUGUCUUUUAGCACUGUAUAGUGUAUACCUGUGUAACUUAUAGAAAUAUUAAUCUGUGAUAAGAAUUUGGGAAUUUGAAACAAAUAUUUUAAAAUAUUGUUAUUUUGAUAUUUUAUAAUUUAUAAACAAAAUUAAAGCCAAACUAAUAAACAUUAUGCAAAUUAUAGUAUAAAUAAUAAUUGUUUAUAUAACAC